UGAGUGGUUGUGCGCAUGCGUAGCGUUCUGUUGCUAGCCGCGACUCAGCUGAGCUGAUUGCAAACACGCAGCGCGAGCCGAGCGGACACGACGAAGGGCACUCCCUGAGACUUCACACCUGCUGAAGCCAGACGAGAAAUGGAAAAGUGUCUGUGACAACCUGAGCAACGAUGUCUCACAGUGCCUAUGGCAAGGUCUGGGCUUUGGCCCAGGGUGCCCUAGAGGACCUCCUGCAAGAAGAGAGUGCCAACCAAGUGCCCAGGCCACAGAAGGACCAAGUACUGAUUUUCCAGACGCUGGCCACCUUCUAUGUCAAAUAUGUUCAGAUCCUGCGCAGCUUGGAGGUGGCAUAUGACCAAAUCGUCCACCCUCAGAAGCGCCGAGUGAUCCGGCAGGUAUUGGAUGGGGUCAUGGGUCGCGUCCUGGAGCUGAAGAACGAGAUGGUGGAGCUGGAGUUCUCUGAGUUCCACUACUAUGAUGAUGUCCUUCAGGACCUCAAGUUGACCCCGGAGGACAUCGAGAUUCCUGUUCCCAAAUACUUUGUUAGUGAAAAGAUCAAAGUGCUGAAGGAGCGAGAAAAGAUCCUGGCAAAGAUCCUCACCCAGAACGGACCCCGGACCCCUGAGACGAAAAUCACCAUGACCAAGAUCAUGUCUCUGGAGGAGGCGAUCCGGGUGAUCCAGGUAUCGGAGCGGGCACGGCAGGGCCGUCUGCGUGCCAAGUUCAUGAAGGAGAUCCGGCAGGAGGAGGAGAAGGAGAGGAAAGCCAAUGUGAGAUGGGAGUCAUCCCUGGACCGGGACGAGGCGGCCACACGCAUUCAAAAGGUGUGGUUGGGCUACAGCCAGAGGAAGAAAACCAAGAAGGAGCGACUGGACGAAUUUCUCUUCCUGGGAAUGGUCCCUCCAGCACAUCACCAGGAGGUCAGUGUCACCAUUCUGCAUGCUCAGGAGAUCGAGAAAGCCCGCUCUGUGGUGCAGGAGGAGCACGAGGCGCAAUACCAGCAGGCAGUGGUCAGCAUCAAGGACACCAUCCGGGAGGUCGAGGGUCCCGACAUAAAGGAGAGCCUGCAGGAGCAGAUCCGCCAGUGGUUCAUCGAGUGCCGGAAUGCGACUGGCAAGUUCCCAGAUUACCCCGAUGAGGACGACGGUGGCUCAGCUGUGAUUUUUGCAGAGAAGACUCCGGAGCAGGUAGCUGCUGAGCUGGCAGCCAAAGAAGAAGAGAAGGAGCAGAAAAAGAAGAGCAAAGGCAAGAAAUCAGGGAAGAAGAAAGACAAGAAGAAGGACAAGAAGAAGGACAAGAAGGACAAGGGCAAAGGGAAGAAGGGCAAAGGCGAGCAAGAGGAGGAAGAGGAUGGCUGGAAGAUGUCGCCCAGCAACUUUCUGCCCACCCUGGAAGACGGGCACAAAGUGUACAAAGAAGUGUGGCACGUCAGGGAUGAGAGCGCCAACUUCAUCCAGCGUUUUGAUGCUGAACUCGUGAAGGAGGAGAAGAGAAGAGAAGUUGAGGAGGAGAUCCGCGUGCAGGUCGACGAGCUCAUGAGGCAGGAGCUGAAGAACCUCAAGCUGGCAGUGGACCGCGACAAAGGGAAGAAGAAGAAGAAGAAGAAGGGCAAGAAGGGCAAAAAGAAAAAGAAAAAGGGGAAGAAGGGAGGCAAAAAGAAGAAGAAAGAAAAAGACCUGACAGCGGACAGGACCAUCGAGUCGCUAUUUGAGGAGCUCAUCCGCGAGGGUCUCUUAGUGCGCCCCCCAGCUGUGCGGCUGUCCGACUUUAUCGGUGAAUUCAGUUACCUGGGCACCACGCUCCGCCAAGCCGACGUCGAGCCCAUGCCCUCCCUGUCCGAUGUCAGGCAGCUGAUGGCGCUGCACGGAGUGCUGCCACUGGGAUCCCAGGCGGUCCAUGAGAAAGCCCCCCUGCUGAAGACACUGCUGCUAACCGGCCCCAGUGGAGUGGGCAAGAAGAUGCUGGUGCAUGCCCUGUGCACGGAGACAGGCGCCAACCUGUUCAACCUGUCGCCAGCCAACAUCUCGGGGAAAUACCCGGGGAAGAGCGGCCUGCAGAUGAUGCUGCACAUGGUCUUCAAGGUGGCUCGGCAGCUGCAGCCGUCAGUCGUGUGGAUUGGAGAAACGGAGAAGACCUUCUACAAAAAAGUGCCCAAAGCUGAGAAGGAGAUGGAGCCAAAACGCUUAAAGAAGGAUCUGCCCAAAAUCGUGAAGUCCCUCAAAGCCGAGGACCGCGUUCUGAUCGUUGGCACGACAAGGCGCCCGUUUGACGCUGACCUGAAGCCCUUCUGCAAGGUUUACAAGAAGAUCAUUCUGGUGCCAAGGCCCGACUACUCGUCCAGGCUGGUCCUAUGGAGGCACAUCAUCCUGCGGCAUGGCGGACUCAUCACCGACCUGCUGGACUUGAGCUCCGUGUCCAAAGUGUCGGACGGUUACACGCAGACCCACAUCCUGCAGGCCGUCCAGGCCGUGCUGACCGAGCGGCGCAUUCAGCUGCUUGGCAGGAAGCCCCUCAGCGCCAUCGAGUUCAUCGGACCCCUGGCCAGACAGGACCCCAUCUUCAAAGAGGAGGAGGAGGCCUUCAAGGGCUGGUAUGCCAAGACACCCCUGGGCAAAAAGAGAGCCAAAGCCGCCAAAGCCAGCGAGGUGGAGGAGGAAGAGUUAGGAAAAGGGCAAAAGAAGAAGGAGAAAGGCAAAAAAAGUGGGAAGAAAAAGAAAAAGUGAUGCCCAUUGUGCCAUCCUGGCAUCCACACUUGGGACCCUGCAGGGUGGGAUGGACACUUCGUUCCAUGGACCCUACCUGGGCCCGUCAGUCCAGGUCAUCAAGACUUUUGGGGGGUCUGCAACGUCCAGCUUGAAAAACACAAAAAUAAAAAGACGGGUGCGGCGGAGAUGAGUGGCACCACUUUGGGGGCUCCCGGGCUCCUUAAUGGCGCUUGGCCCCUCAGUGACAAUAAAAGUAUGAAAGGAAUAAAAAAAGAAAGAAGAGGAGGAGCAGCCCAAUGUGGGGGCCGGGGGGGGACAGAAGUGGGUGGGGUCAGACGUCACACCCUUACCAUAUAAGGACGAAUGCCCCACAGUCUGCUGCAGUGUCUUUGAAUGUCACAUGACCGGCGUCUUCUAGACAGGACAGAAGCUCCAAUCAGAAACUUCACAGACCGGACGUGAAACCUGAGACUCUCAGCCCACCCGCCUGUCCAUCUGAACCCAAGGCCAGGCUCAGCCACGUGUGAAAGGACGAGGACCAGCCAGCGGGGUGACGGGCCACUAUCUGGGCUCUCAUUGCCUCACUGUAAAUAGUACUCAUGCCAGCUUGUGCCAGCUGCACCUAAAAGAAAGUGUCAUCCUACUCUGGUUUCAAAUCUGGUCCACAGCCAGUAAGACAGAAGUGGAGAUCCAAAGGUGAAAAGCAAUGCAGGAGAAAUGGGAGGAAGAAGAAAAAGAUGAUGAUGAUGAUGAUGAAGAUUCUUCCAUUUGGCAAACUCACUCAUUCACACUGAAAGCCGGUGCCUAUCUCAACAGCAACGGGCACAGGGCACCAUUUAAGUCAUCUAUCAUAGGGCACACAGCCCAGCCCUCAUGUCCUUAGUGACACUAAAUGAUCCCCCUGAGCCCAAGUCACCGUGCCCUGUGGUAGACUGGCACACACCUCUGGCUCACUCUGUACCUUGUGCCCCAGACAUAGCAGCUGGUCACUUGGGAGGGGUCAUCGAUUGUGCCCAUGGGAGGUGUGAUGAUGCACCCUCUGGUGGCUGGCUGCAGCACUGCCCUGCCUCAAGGACUUUUGUCCCCAUUUUUUGUCCCAUUUCAGAUUUUGCUCAUGUUUUGCCUGGCAUGUGCAGUGCGGCCCACCCCUCAUCUCACCCAUGUUGGCCCCCUUCAGUUUUACUCCUCCAGGUUUCUGUGUAGUUGCAUGUCUUGACUCCUUCACUUCUGCCCGCUCCUCAGUCCUGCCCCGAAAGUACCCAACCAAUAAAAAUGGCUAAUUUUAUAUA